AUGAACGCGCCCCACGAAGAGGCGGUCGAGUUCGCCAAGGUCAGCAAAAGAGAAAACCGGGUCUACGUCGGCAACCUCAGUUACGACGUCAAGUACAGGGACCUGAUGGAAUUCAUGCGGGGAGCUGGUGAGGUCUUGUUCGCCGAAGUGCUUGUCACGCCGACGGGUGUGUCCAAGGGAUGCGGUAUCGUCGAGUUUGCCUCGCAGGAAGACGCUCAACGUGCGAUCCGAGAGCUCUCGGAACAAUCUUUGCUGAGUCGGCCAGUCUUCAUUCGCGAGGACCGCGAAAACGAAUCCCGAUUCGGUGCAACGCCCGUUCCAGGUAAGAUCGGUAUGGCGAUGGCCGGGCAAGGACUGCACGCAGCGCCGCCACCUCGUCCGCCGUCCCACAACCUCUUCGGCCACACGAACCCCGGCAAUCAACUUUAUGUCGGCAAUCUGCCCUACCAAGCUGGCUGGCAGGACUUGAAGGAUUUGUUCCGUUCUGCGGGUAAUAUCAUCCGUGCCGACAUCAACAUUGGUGCGGAUGGACGCCCGAAGGGAUCUGGGACUGUCAUUUUCGAGACCGCAAAAGAUGCUCAGCAGGCCAUCAGUAUGUACAAUGGCUUCGACUGGUACGGACGUACACUCGAAGUGCGCGAGGACCGCUACGCCGGUCUCUCUGGCCCGGGUGCCUUCCGAGGCGGCUUCCGCGGUGGCUUGCGUGGUUUGCGUGGCGGCAGGGGUGGCUUCCGAGGAGGGUUUCGCGGGGGCUACGCCGGUGCCGCUCCAGGGCGCGACUUCUCCAGCCAGGACUUGUAUGCGGAUUAUUCCGGACCAGACUCGCAAAGCGGCGGGCUCAGGAUGGAGGGGUAUCCCGCUGGAGGAUUUGCAGCUGGAGCUCCCUACCCCGGUUUCGAGGCGGAGCCGAGCCAGCAGAUCAUGGUGCGAAACCUGCCGUGGUCUACUGCUAAUGAGGACCUGGUGGAGCUGUUUGAGACGACCGGCCAGGUUGAGCUGGCUGAGAUCUUAUUUGAAGGUGCCCGGUCGAAGGGCUGCGGUGUUGUGCAGUUCAGUCAAGUCCCGGAGGCUGAGACCGCCAUUGCCAAAUUCCAGAACUAUAUGUACGGAGGACGGCCACUGGACGUCCGCUUCAACGAUCGCUGGCACACGUUCACGCCGAGCGCUGCGAAAGGCGGCCAGGCCUUACCCUUA